GCGGCGGCGGCGGCCCGGGGCGCGCGGGCCGGCGCUGGGCAGGGCCCCGGGGCCCCCUGGGGCGGCGGGCGGGCGGGGGCGGCGCUCGGGGGCCCGUCUGGUCAGCACCCAUCCUCCGGGCGGGCCUCACGGUCCGCGGCGCGACGGGGGCGGGGGGGGGGCGGAGGGGCGGGGGGCGGGGGGCGGAGGGGUGGGGGGCGGGGGCGCCCAGCGGCUCCCAGACCGCGGCGGGGCGCGGGCGCUGAGCGGCGGCCUGUCUCGCAGGUCUGGAUGCUGGCGGUCGGCGUUCUGCUGGCGCUGGCGCCGGGCCGGGCCGCGGGCGCCCUGAGGGCGAGCAGACGCCCGGCGCGGCCGCGGGGCUGCGCCGAGCGGCCCGAGGAGCUCCUGGAGCAGCUGUACGGGCGGCUGGCGGCCGGCGUGCUGGGCGCCUUCCACCACACGCUGCAGCUGGGGCCGCGCGAGCAGGCGCGCAACGCGAGCUGCCCGGCAGGGGGCAGGCCCGGCGACCGGCGCUUCCGGCCGCCCACCAACCUGCGCAGCGUGUCGCCGUGGGCCUACAGAAUUUCCUACGACCCUGCCAGGUACCCCAAGUACCUGCCCGAGGCCUACUGCCUGUGCAGGGGCUGCCUGACCGGGCUCUUCGGGGAGGAGGACCUACGUUUCCGGAGCGCCCCGGUGUACAUGCCCACCGUCAUCCUGCGGCGGACCUCGGCCUGCGCGGGCGGCCGCUGGGUGUACACCGAGGAGUACGUCACCGUGCCCGUGGGCUGCACCUGCGUCCCCGAGCAGGAGAAGGAGGCCGACGCCGUCAACUCCAGCAUGGACAAGCAGGGCGCCAGGCUUCUGCUCGGCCCCGGCGACAAGCCGGGCCGGCCCUGAGGCCCUUGCUGCCCGAGGCCCGCGUCCCCGGAGCCGCCUCCUAGGCGAGAAGGCGAGGACGCAGCGAGCAAAGGGGACAACGGGACGCGCCUGCGCGGGACGGGCCCUCCGCCCGGCCGGCCGCCCUCCCACCCCCGCUUUCCUUC